ACCGAAACCCACAAAUGAAAGUGACGAAGCUGCUGUGACUGAGAAGGCCGAACUAGAUACACCUGUUGCCGUCGUUGUGAAAGAGAAGAUGAAGAAAGUGGCAUCAGCGAAGAACAAGGAAUCGAGCAAGGAGAAGAUGGACGCUGCCAAAAUCUGGUCUGCUGCGGCAUAAACCCCAUUGAAACCACCUCAUUUUCUGUGGUUAGGAACGUAGGUUCCCGUGUAGAUUCGGGACGAGUUCCCGUCACCAUUGGAACAAGUUUUCGUUGAGUUUCCCCCCCACCGAAACGCGUUUCUGUCGAAGAAACGGCGGCAGGUUUGCCGUUUCCUGACAGGAAACAUGAGGGAGAUUGUGACUAUACAAGUAGGAGAUUACGCAAAUUUCGUCGGCUCUCACUUCUGGAAUUUCCAGGAUGAAUUGCUUGGAUUGGCUGACGACCCCAUGGGCGAUGUACUAUUCAAAAAUCAGUGUCUUAAUAUGGACGUGCUCUACCGUACUGGUGAGACACCACAGGGAAUUCUUACAUAUACCCCUCGCUUACUUUCAGUUGGUUUACAAGGAUCCCUUGGAUCCAUGAGCUCACGUGGUACGCUGUACAAUGAAAUCCCACCUGUAUCGUCAGAUGUUGUCACUUGGACUGGUAAUCUCUCUACUCAAGUAUCUGCACCUCGAAAGAAAAACUUGUAUUUGCAAAGCUUGUAUGAAGAGGAGCAGGAGAAAUUCCCCGUGACGGGUAGUAACAAAAGUGGGAGGCAGGAUUCUCAGAGCGACAUUCAGGAUAAGGACAUAAUUCUAUCUCUAGAAAAUGAGGUUCAAUGUUGGACAGACUUUUCAAAAGUGCACUAUCAUCCCCAGAGUCUAUACGAGUUAAAUGGAUUGUGGGUCGAUCAGGAGCAAUUCAACAACUAUGGAAUUGGUAGGGACACCUUCUCUGAGGGUAUGCGAGGAGAAGAAAUGAAUACGAGGCUUCGCUUUUUCAUAGAAGAGUGUGACCAUAUUCAGGGAAUUCAAUUUGUUGUUGACGACUCAGGAGGGUUUUCUGGUGUAGCUGCCGAAUUUUUGGAGAACAUUGCAGAUGAGUAUUCAAACGUCCCCGUGUUACUCUAUUCUGUACGGGGUCCUCGCUAUUGCACGAACCCAAGUAUCCGGAGACAGACACUUUCUCAGAAGCUUCAUGAUGCAGUUUCAUUUUCAACACUAGCAUCCUUCUGCAAAUUGAUUGUGCCUGUUGGCUUACCCGUCCUUGGAGAAAGUAAAGCCUCCAGGUUUCUCUGCAUAGACAAUGGGAAGCCUUAUCACACCAGUGCAGUAUAUGCCUCAGCUCUACACUCUAUUAGUCUCCCUUUUCGAAUGGAUCCACUUGGGCCUGCUGAUGAAUCAUGUUAUGUAUCUGGUGGAGUUGAUAUGAAUGGCGUCAUUCAAAUGUUAGCAGGUCAAGCUAGGCAAAAUAUCGUCGCUACUCUGGAUGUCGCAAUGCCAGUACCUUCUCUGACUGGGAAACAUGCGGAGCUAUCUUUGCUAGGACAUUUGCAACCAUUGACCCCAGAGACGUCAGAAGAUGUGGAAGACUUGCAAGCAGUGGAAGCCAUGACUAUUCAUGGAGCCCAUGCAUCAGGAGGUCGUCGUGCUUCAGUUUCUGAAGUGAAGGAUGCAGUUCAAUCUGCUUAUAACCGCACGGCAACAAGGCCAAGGUUCUCUCAUUUAUCUGUGGCUUCUUGUCCUCUUCCAAUACCCUUGCCUUUUCCUUCAAUCUUUGGGAACCUUGUUGGACAAAAUGGCGAGCUAUUAGGCACCCCAAAUUCAAGUAACUCAUCAAGAGGGUCACUCGAUGUCCAUUCAAUCCCCAUGGCAGCAAGACUGCAUUCUAGCACUGCUGUCUUGCCAUUCUUGGAGAACAGGUUGGGGAACCUUCGCAGGUUUGGAAUUCAGCGAGGGUCUAGUGGGACCGAGUUACUUAGAAGCUGGGGUUUAGGAAAAGAGGAAAUAGAAGAUGCUGGGGAGACACUGUCUAAGAUGGUUACAACCUUGGAUCCUCAUUCUGAAGUAUCCUCCGAUUCAGAUUAGGUUUCUGGUGAGUGCAUAACCCAUUGCGAUGAUGUCUAUUUCUCCCUAUACUAAAACAUGGGCAAAAGAAUGAACAGAAACAUGAGAACUUGUACGGUUUUCUGUUUUUUCAAAAUUUCGGUAAUCAGGAUUCUAGUAUUGCUAACCUUCCAUUCUUUGCAGCAUUUUGAUCAAAUAUUGUUCUAUGGAAUAAUGUUUUAUUUUCCUUUUUUCUUAUUUUUCAUCCUUUUCUGGGCGACUGUGGUGCAGAUACGCUUUUCAACUGACACGGCCAAUGGACUAACAUUUUCGCCAAGCUUGCAUAAGUUUAUUUCUUAUCUUUGCAAAGAUGCUGAUGCAUCAAAAAGUUUCUUUUUGUUCCUGGUGUUAUCUCCUAACGGACUGAUGCUGAUUGUGGUGAGGACAUGCAUACUGGGAAUCGUAUGCUAAGGUUACUUCCAAAGGUUAUGCGGCAAAGAAUGGGCAGACCUUAGUCCGAAGUUGUGUGCUAUUGUUCAGUCGAUUUUGUAGUUUUGAGAUUGAUCCAGGUUAAUGAACUUAACUGUGUGUUCAGACGUCGGCUUCCAGCUCUGUGUCCUUGAAAGUUAGGAUUCUCCUUCUGGUGCGUGGAAGAAGGUUUGGUUAGCCUCAUGCAACCCGUUUUCAUGUAAAUGCUUAAAUAUGGAUUCAAGUUGUGUUGCUUUGAGAGUGAUUCUUUCAACUGAAAUACGGUGUAGGGUUCAAGAGUAGGAUGUAUAGUCUGUUCACCCAACAAUCCAUGCUAAGGGCCUUUAAACUGCAGUCGGAGGUCCUUUAAGGCAAUAAAUUCCAAAUAUACCUCUAUUAUAUCAUGAA